AUGCAUUUGGAGGUAAAGGUUGCACUGAACUUCAUAGUUUCCUAUCUAUACAACAAACUCCCUCGACGAAGAGCGGAUCUGUUUGGGGAGGAACUGGAGCGGAUCUUGGUGUCACGAUUUGAAGGACACUGGUACCCGGAGGCGCCUCUACGUGGAUCUGCUUUCCGUUGCCUUCAUCUUGGAGCCUAUGGAGACCCUGUGGUGGACUUGGCCGCCAAAAGGAGUGGACUAGACACUGAGGAGGUCAGAGCAAAUGUUCCUCCAGAACUCAACAUCUGGAUUGACCCUUAUGAAGUAUCCUAUCAGAUCGGUGAGAAGGGUGCUGUCAAAGUCCUGUACAUGGAGGACCCUCCAGGUUUAGGGGGUGAUUCCGAGAUACCAGACGAAAUUGGGCUCAGUGAAGGUGAUAUGGAGCUGGAAGAGGGAAAAGUUUUGGGGUUCAACCCUGAUGCUCAGGUUUUUGUACCCAUCAGAAGCCAGUCAUCACCAGUCAUGUUACCAUCAGUCUCAAAUUCUCCUACGGCAUUCUGCCAAGGCCUUUUCAGCUAUGCAGGCCCGAUUACUCCAACCGAUUCCACUGUGCACUCAAAUACCUCCUCUCCAUCUCCACUCAGUACAGCGAUGCCCUAUCCUCACCCAGCUAACCAACCCAUCUCCCAACCAAUCACCUUUACCACAGCCAGCUUUGCCGCCACCAAGUUCGGCUCCACCAAAAUGAGGAAGACGUCCAUGGGAAGUGGUCUAGUGGGUGGAUCAGGUAGCAUCGGUGCCCCUCAGCAGCGAAUGCUCACCCAUUCCCCUACUUUAUCAUCCAUAUCGCCACCUGGGCUGGUCAAGCACAAACCUCUUUCCCUCUCCAUGCACUCCUUGGUUGGAUCGGUUUCUAGCCAACUGUCCCCCAAUGCCAAAGAGUUUGUUUACCCUGCCUCUCGAGGGUCUUUCUACUUUGAUACAGAACAUUCACCCUUAACCCACAACGCUCUGUUUCAUGUCCCACCUCAAGGCCCGGUCCAUACACAUGGCACCUUUGACCCAUAUUCCAGCCCACCACCAGGCCAAGCUAUUGGUGUUCUUAGCAGUGGCGGUGGGAUUUCCUUUAUGGAUGGCCUAGGUGGCUACAACCUGCAGUACUCCAGCCAAGCUUUCCAACCUGUAGUGUUGGCCAACUGAGUUUUAAAAGCUCUGGUUUGUUGAACCUUUUGAGAUUUUUUUUUUUUUUUUCCACCAA